AUGUUUCUACCGACCUUAAGUUCUUAUUUUGCAAACUGGACCUCCAUUAUAUUAACAUUACUUAUAAUAUAUGUAGCACACUUCUACUAUGAAUAUUUUACUCGUCCAAACCCAUUGCCAGGCCCUAUACCAAUUCCUAUAUUAGGGACCAUUCAUAUAAUUGGAAAAAAUCCUCAUGCAUGGUACCAAAAAAACGCUAAAAAGGCGGGAACGAUUUGGGAAUUUUAUAUUGGCCAUCAACGAAAUAUAGUUAUUACCCAUGCUAAACAUCUUGAAAAAAUUUACAAACCAAAUCCAACAUUUUUUAAACGACCUGAACUUUCUAUCUUUAAAAAAUUAGGACUUAAUGAAGGAAUAUUUUUUAAUAAUGACUAUAAUACGUGGCACCGGAAUCGUAAAAUAAUAGCCCGUGCAUUAUUAGCGCCGAAUUUUCUUCGAGGAUUUGUAUUCAAUGUUCAAAAACUAUUCAAAGAAUAUGAGGAUAAAUGGAAACUAACUAUAAAAGAUGGUGUAGAAACUGACUUUUGUAUAUGGUUAAAGUUCUUCACAACGGACAUUGCGAUUGUUCAAAUCACAAAACGACCAACUUGCAGUUUAGUUUCAUUUGACACAAGUAAUGAAAUAGUUCCCUCAGAAGAAGAAAAAAAAUCGUUGGAGUUAGCUAAUGCCGUAAAUGCCUUUCUUGAAUCGCUUACAUUUUUUACGUUUACCCCCUUGUUUAUAAUGAAUUACGUACCUGGUUUUACAUCAAUCAGAAAGAAAGGCGAACGUAAUAUUAGUUUUAUUAAUAAUACUUUAAUCAAUAUUGUUAAUAAAAGAAAACAAGAAUUUAAAGAAGGCGCAGUCACAAGUUCGGAUUUAUUAGAUAAUUUAUUGAUGGCUCAUACUAUACAAAAUCCUGAGUAUAAUGAUGAUAGUGACAAUUUAGCACCGAUUACUACUUAUGAAGUUAACGCUGUUUUAUGGGACGUUCUAUUAGGUGGCAUUGGUUCGACCAAAGAUGUAUUCAGUUUCAUGGCAUAUAAUGUUGCAAAAAAUCCAAAAAUUCUUAACAAGAUACGUAAAGAAAUCGAUGAAGUUUUUGGGUUUAAUUUAAAUGAUUAUUUCUCUAUUGAUAAAAUUAUAAAUUGCCGAUACAUUGAAGCAGUAGUUAAGGAAUCAAUGCGUUACAUUGCACCGGCACCGUUCACAAUAAAAAUUUCAGGCACCGAAGAAAAUAUUGCUGGAUAUAAUUGGCCAAGCGGAACCCACUUCUGGAUAGAUCAUCAAAAUAUUUCAAACAAUCCUGAUUAUUGGAAUGAUCAUGAAACAUUCAAUCCUGAUAGAUUUUUAAAUGAAAAUCGU